CCCGCCGAUCGUUGACGACGUACGAAAUGGUUAAUUAAAAAAUAAUAUUUUUUUAAAUUUCGAAUGUAGUGAUGCAAAUGGAGUGUGAAGUGAAAUAAAAUAUAUUGUGUACAUAUUCUGGAUUUAAGCAGUCACAAUGAAGCUGCCUCGUUUCGAUUUUGAAAAUGGUUCGUCAGCUCGUAAACCCACGAGGGUUGUGAUAUAUCAUGAGCGUUACACGGUAGGCGAGACUACGGGGGGACUGAGCGCGCUUUUCACCAUGCUGUGUAUAAUCGACCUCUUUGGUGUAUUCCCUGUCGUUGCUCUACCGAAAAGUAUUAUUUCCUGUGGUAUCUACGGCAUACCGCUGGUGGUGGCCGUGUUUUCUCUCCAGCUGUAUACAGCUGUACUGCUGGGUAGGAGCUGGCUGCUGGCUCACGAGAUAUCAGCUGACAUGAGAGAGAAGAGCAGGUUUCCCUACGCAGCGGUGGCUGAGUUGGCCUUCGGGAGAAAAGCUCGGAGUCUCGUGACCUUCCUUAUAGAUGCCACAGUAUUCGGGGCCGGGGUCCCCAACUUUAUUUUUGCGUCGCAGAGUAUGCAGCUGUUUUGGUGGAAAACUACCGGGGGCUCCGUGAACGUAUCCUACUGCGUUUGGAUGAUCGUUAUAGGGCUCCUGUUGUGUCCCGUCAUGUGGCUGGGCUCUCCAAAAGACAUGAAGGCAAUAGCGCUUACGUCAGUUUUCAUAGUGAGCACGGUGGCUGUUAGUACGUGGAUAGGAAUAUACAUGGAUGACAGCUCUCCACCCGCCAGCGGAGACGUCUUGGAGUACGUUCCCAGCAUCAGGGACUUCCUGGUCGCGUACGGCAUCAUAGCCUUCCAGUUCGACAUCCAUCCAAUGCUGCUGACUCUUCAAGUGGACAUGAAGGACAGCCGGCGGAUCAACUCCGCGGUCCUCGGAGCGUUCACGGUCACGGGACUCAUGUUCCUGAUCACCACGCUGCUGGCCGCCACGAGGUACGGCAACAACGUGGAGAACAAUAUACUACAAGGAAUGCCUCCGUCGGUGACCCUGUACGUGGUGGCGUUGCUCGUGACGUUGCAGCUCUGUUUCUCGAGCGCCGUUGGGAACUCAGCUCUGUUCCAGCACGUCGAGGACUUGCUGAAGAUACCGCGAGAGUUCUGCUUGAAACGCUGUCUACUCAGGUCUGGUAUAGUCGCGUUCGCCAUUUUCCUCGGAGAGUCGGUACCAAGAUUCGACUUAGUCAUGGGGCUGGUGGGCUCGACUCUAACCGGCCCGCUCAUGUUCAUAUUCCCUCCACUUUUCUUCCUGAAACUUUGCUACAUGAAGACCAAAAUAAAAAAAAUCGACAUGAUCGUAGCCAAGAAAAUGGGUCAUUUGAGUCCUAGACGCGAACAAAACGGCGAGCUGUCAGAUCACCCGCUCAUAAUGCACCGGGUACAGACUAAAUAUAAAACAUUCGGCGGGAAAAACGAGGAGGGCACUUCCGAUAUAGAUCUGGACGAAUAUGACGUUAAGUGGUAUGACGUGUUACUGGCCCUGGUCGUCAUGAGUAUGGGCGUGUCCGCCACUAUGGCCGCCACAUACUCCAGCUGGACGGACGCCAUCUCCAGCGCCACCUUCACCCAACCCUGUCUCCUCAACUCCACCGCGGCCGCCAGGAGCUUCAUAGAAGCCACAUAUCAUAUAAGCUCAUAAUCAAUUCAGACGCUAU